GUGUACGUGUGGGGUGCGCGGGGCGGUAGUUCCCGGUGGUAGUGUGACAUAGCCCCAGAGUGUCACCAGUGCUAUGUUCGUGCUCGGCCGACUGUGAGCUGUCACGUGUUCAGACGCAGCCGGUGAAUUUGGUAGCCCCGACUCGCGACCGAUCGCCAUGUCGCACGCGCCGGGCCCGGACGCGGGCGCCCGCCGGGGCCGCGAGUCCGGUCCGCGCUCGCCCGAGGUCGAGCAGCCCCCGUCGCCGCACUCCGACCGUCUGAGCCACACAGAUGAGAUGCUGGAGCACGAGACAUCGAGCCUGCCAGUGCGCGUGCAUGACCUGGAGAAGCUGGUGCGGGAGCAGCAGGACGAGAUCGCCUUCCUCAAGUCGACCGUGUCCGAUCUGCAACUCCGCCUGAGCCAGGUGGAGGGACACAGAGGCCUAGGCAAGGGCUCGCCGGGCGUCUCGGGGAUCCCCACGCCCUUACAGCGCAUCACUAACGGCAACCACAGCGGAACGAACAGGAAGGAAGCGUUCAAAAAGGGUCCCGGCGUCACAGAUGGCCGCCGCGUGCUGCACCACCAAUCCACGGGCUCGCUCCACUCGGACGGCCGCAGCAGCCACAGCGUGUCGCCUGCUACCUCACCCAGCCCCACUGUCGCCAAGCAGCGUCACCUGUCAAACAGAACUGUGAGCCUUACCAAGAGAUGGAGCUCCACGUCCGACUUCCAGCCCGUACGCCGGUCACCGGCCGGCGGCGGCGCCGCUACAGCUGUCAGCGCGCGGCGGCGCCACUCGCACGCGACCCCGCCCCGCCGGCCCGGCUCGUACGCCGGUCAGAGUGGCACCCUGGUGGAGGAGCCCAGAGACAUCUGGCGGCUGCACUCGGAAGCUCCGCCGGCGCUCGGCAUACGACGUCAGCGGGUGGGCGCCCAGUCCAGCUCCAGCCGACCGAGCGGCUCCCGAUCGGGCACGCGCGACAUGGCGUACAACGCCGAGGAGGGCGUGCUGAAAAUCUACCUGAAGGGUCGGCCUGCCAACCUGUACGCGCCGACUGACGUCAUGGAGGACUAUGACCUUGAAGAGGUCAUCCCGGAGCCCGACCAGCAGCUGAAGCUCGAGUGGGCCUAUGGCUACCGCGGCAAGGACUGUCGCAACAACUUAUACUUGCUGCCCACCGGCGAGAUGGUCUACUUCGUGGCCGGCGUAGUGGUGCUCUACAACCUGGAGGACCAGAUGCAGCGCCACUACACGGGCCACACUGACGACGUCAAGUGCCUGGCCAUCCACCCGAACCGGUACACCAUCGCCACCGGCCAGUGCGCCGGCACCAAGUCGGACGCGCCGCCCCAGGUGCGCGUCUGGGACAGCGCGAGUCUGAACACGCUGCACGUGCUGGGUGUGGACGAGCUGGAGCGGGGCGUCUCGUGUCUGGCGUUCAGUCUGACGGACGCCGGCGCCAUGCUGGCCUGCGUCGAUGAAGGCCAGGACCGCACCCUGUCCAUCUGGGACUGGCAGCAGGAGACCAAGCUCACGGAGAACAAGGCGGCGACCGAGACGGUGGUGGACGUCCAGUGGCACCCGCUGGACAGGGGCGUGCUGAUGACCUGCGGCCGCCAACACGUCAACUUCUGGCUGCUGGAGGGGGGCUCGCUGAUGCGGCGCCAGGGCGUGUUCGGCGGUCGCGAGCGGCCCAAGUACGUCACCUGCAUGGCCUUCACCGACGCCGGCGACCUGAUCACCGGAGACUCGGACGGCCGCAUCCUGCUCUGGGAGCGAGGCGGCAACCAGGUGGCCAACACUGUCAAGGACGCGCACGAGGGUACCCUAUUCACUCUUCUCGUGGACAAAACCGGCAACAUCAUCUCCGGUGGCAAGGACGGGAAGAUCGUGGAGUGGGAUCGUGACUUGGCGCAGACCGGAAAUGUGAUAGAGGUGCCGGCCGAGUUCGGCGCUCCGCGUAUGGUGUCGUCGGGGCGCGGCGACCAGCUGCUGAUUGGCACCACAGCCAACAGCAUCCUGAGUGGCCAGUGGGCGGCCGAGCCGGCGGCCAGCGUGCGCGGCCAUACGGACGAGGUGUGGGCGGCGGCGGUGCACCCGGGUCGGCCGCAGUUCGCCACCGGCGGCUGGGACGGCCGCCUCUUCAUGUGGGAUCUGGUCACGCACGCGCCCGUGUGGACCAUCGACUUCGAGGACGGCGUGCAGAGCGUUUGCUUCUCGCCGGACGGCUCCCAGCUGGCCGUGGGCCUGGUGACCGGUCGCUGGGACGUGCUGGACGCCGACUCGCGCGAGACGGUCUUCUCGCGCUCCGACGGCGACGAGCCGGUGCAGGCGCUGCGCUUCUCGCCGGACGGCCGCAUGCUGGCGCUCGGCUCGCGCAACAACACCGUCUACAUCUACGAGACCAGCGAGGCCGGCUUCUCGCGCGUCGCCAAGUGCACGGGCCACUCGAGCUUCAUCACGCACCUGGACUGGUCGGCCGACUCGGCGCUGCUGCGCACCAACUCGGGCGACUACGAGCUGCUGUACUGGACGGCCGCCACCGGCCGCCAGCUGACCCAGCCUUCCGAGCUGCGCGACACAGAGUGGGCCUCACACACCUGCACGCUGGCCUUCAAUUCAGUGGGUAUCUACCCGGAGGCGGCGGACGGCACCGACGUUAACACGUGCUGCCGGACCAGCGGGGGCCAGCUGAUGGCGGCCGGCGACGACUGGGGCCGGGUCAAGCUGUUCCCCUACCCUGCCAACCACCCUAAGACUGGUAACCGCGCGUACCAGGGCCACAGCAGCCACGUCACUCACGUGGAGUUCUUCGCUGAGGACGAUCGUCUGCUGUCGACGGGUGGCCGCGACACGUCUGUCCUCCAGUGGGCGGUGGAAUAGACGCUGGGUCUGCUGUCGCCGCGGCGGCGCGAGCGUCCCAGCGUAUCUGCGCUCCUGAGGCCGCAGUGAAAUGAGCCCCGACAUUAUUCAUUCCUUUCGGGCGUCCACUUGUGGAUUGCUUCGUCAGUGGAAUCCUGGUGUGGAUUGGUAAGGUGAUACCGCGAACGCUGUGGGAAACGCGCUCGUCCAAGGUUUGUUUCAUGGCACAAGAAGCAGCCUUUAUGUUCUGCGACGCCUUGCGCUCUAUCGCAUUUAAAUAAUGGAUGGAUGCGGAACUUGUGCGGCGCGAGGCAGGUCGCAGCCAAGGGAGCGUUGGCGCGCACAAUGGUCUGGACUUCUCGCUCUUUCUCUGCCAGAAUAGGAGAUGUGGUUUCGUUCAACGAUACUGACUGGCCUAGCUUCAGCGAAGACUGCUGUGGAACUGUGCGUGUUCAGUCGUCUGGGAGCCCCAUGCAGGCGUCUUUUGUGGGAGCUGAGGAGGCUACAUGCCUCGAGAGAGCAUAUGCGCACUGGUCGGUGAGAAUAGCCAGGCGAUACAUUUCCGCCUGUGUUGAGAGGUGCAUGCACGUCGCUUUGUUGUGUGAGUGAAAACGUGGGCCGAACUUGGCCGAAAUCUGUAUCCUGCGCUAUGGCAACUGAGCUAUAAACCUUUUUGACGCCGGCUCACAGCAGUGAAGGCGACAAGCACACGGCCCGUUCGUUUUGAAAUAAAUGCUGAAUAAAACCCCA